AUGGAGCUUUUAUUUAUGCUUCUUGCUUCUUUCACCUUUUUCUUCUUUCUCUUCCUCCUCCAUGGCUUCGACCUUCACGGUAGAAGGAGAUUACCUCCGGGGCCUGCCGGCUUCCCCAUCAUCGGAAAUCUCCUUGACAUUGGUUCAAAACCCCAUGAGUCCCUAGCCAAACUCUCCCAGAAACAUGGUCCACUUAUGACAGUCCGAUUGGGCAGCAUCACCACCGUGGUGGCCUCCACACCUGAGGCUGCCAGAGAAAUCCUCCAACUGAAUGACGAGGCCUGCUCCGGCCGUAUUGUCCCAGACGCCGUCACCACCUUUCAGAACCAUGACAUGGCUGUUCUAUGGAUCUCAACAAAUGAAGAGUGGCGGUCCAUCAGAAAAGCCCUCAACACAUGUCUCACCCACCAACACAAACUCGACACCGUUUCCGACCUUCGACAGAAAGUGGUGGAUGAGGUGCUGGAGUUCCUUCGGGAGUCUGGCAGGAAAAAGGAGGCGGUGGAUAUCGGAAAGUUGGCAUUCGCGGUGGCGCUCAACCAGAUGUCCAAUACAUGCCUUUCACAGAGCGUGGCCAGCUAUGAUUCCGAUGAUAUCGGAGGUUUUAAGACAGCCGUAAAGACAGUGAUGGAGGUGGACGGAAAGUUUAACAUAGCAGACAUAUUUCCGGUGCUGAAGCCAUUGGAUCCUCAGAACAUACGGCGGAAGGCGAAGGCAGCUUAUGGUUGGUUUGAUGAAGUGACAGAAGGGUUUAUAAGCGAGAGGUUAAAGCAUCGAGAGUUGAAGCUUCCAAGGUUGGGUGAUAUGUUGGAUUCACUGCUGGAUUACAGUGAAGAUGAGGAAGCCAACUUCAAUCUCUUACAUAUAAAGGCUUUACUUGUGGUAAAUCCUCCUUUAUAUAUAUAA